GAAAGCAACUGCGAUGAAUCCACUGGGAUGGCAGUACGAUUAUACACCUGUAGAACACGUAUCAGACCCGUUGAAUGCGGGUUAAGCAGCUCUAACUGCUAACCUCCAGUGAGUCAACUUCAUCAAAGUCGUCCCAAAUUCAAAAAUCCCAACAAUCAGUUUUGCGUUUGAGAAGAAGAAGAAGAACAAGGUCAAAGGUCAACGGUUGGAUUUUAACUCCAUGGAUAUAACAGAGGUUUCGAUCAUUCACCAUGUGGGCAUUGUGUUCUUGGUGAUAUGGUUACUAUCUUCCUUCGGUUAUUCCCACCCAAUAGUUUACUUCAUCUCUUUGAUCUAUCUUUACUUGGUUCAUGAGAAUUUUUCAAUAAGAUUCAGAAGAAAGGUGCGAUUCGAAGAAAGAAGACAAGCCAAUCAAAAAAGGGUACUUUCGGAUUCUGAAUCAGUAAGGUGGUUAAACCACAUGGUUGAAAGGAUAUGGCCUAUAUGUAUGGAAAAUAUCGUUUCACAAAAGAUACUCCUCCCUAUCAUCCCUUGGUUCUUACAGAAGUACAAACCAUGGACAGUGAAAGAAGCUGUGGUUCAGAGUUUGUAUAUGGGAAGAUCUCCACCAAUGAUUACAGAAAUGAGGGUUUGUCGUCAAUCCACUGGUGACGACCAUUUGGUUUUGGAGUUGGGAUUGAAUUUCCGAACAGCUGAUGACAUGGAUGCGAUAUUAGCAGCAAAAAUGACAAAACGAUUAGGGUUUGGAAUGUCCGCAAAAAUGCAUUUGACAGGAAUGCAUGUCGAAGGAAAGGUAUUGGUUGGGGUGAAGUUCCUCCCAAAAUGGCCGUUUCUUGGACGUUUGAGGGUUUGUUUUGUUGAACCCCCAUACUUUCAGAUGACCGUGAAGCCAAUUUUCUCCCAUGGUCUUGAUGUUACCGAACUCCCUGGGAUUGCUGGAUGGCUGGAUAAGCUUCUAACAGUCGCAUUUGAGGAGACACUCGUUGAGCCUAAUAUGUUGGUGGUGGAUGUUGAGAAACUCGUUUCACCUGAACAAGAGACUUGGUUCUCUGUGGAUGCGAAGGAACCCAUUGCUUACGCCUUUGUGGAAGUUGUUGAAGGAUCAGAUAUGAAACCAUCAGACCUGAAUGGGUUGGCUGAUCCUUACAUAAAAGGCCAGGUUGGUGCAUAUCGGUUUAGGACCAAGACACAGAAGAAGACUUUAUCUCCAAAAUGGUUUGAGGAGUUCAAGAUUCCCAUCACUUCAUGGGAUGUACCUAAUGUUCUUCAAAUUGAAGUUCGUGAUAAAGAUCACUUCAUUGAUGAUACCCUUGGUGAUUGCAUGAUAAAGAUCAACGAUUUUAGAGAUGGAGAGAGACACGACAUGUGGUUGCCUCUUCAAAACAUUAAAAUGGGAAGAUUGCAUCUUGCGAUAAAAGUAAUUGAAGCCGAAUGUGACAGGGAUGUUGCAUCAAAGAAUGAAUUUACGAAAAAGCCCUUGGUAGUAGAAAAAUCUGAAGAAACAAAUGCAGAUAGUUUUGAACCCAUUGAUGUUGAAGGGCUAAAAGAGACUGGAAUCUGGGUCCACCGACCUGGUGCUGACGUGGCGCAAGUAUGGGAGCCAAGGAAAAGAAAGAACAAGAACAAGAACCGGUCCCACAAAGACAGUGAGUCGGUGGCCAGUAGCACGAGGUCUGAAUCAUUCCCGAGUAAUGACUCCAGCAGCAGUGAUGACAGCCUGGAGGGUAAUAAAGUAAAAUCAAGAAACCCGGUUAAACGGGGGUUUCGAAAGAUCGGUUCAAUGUUUAACAGGAGCCCGAAACCAGAGAAUGAUACACCAAGAAGCUUUAAGGAAAGAGAUGAAAAAGAGUGUGAUUCGCCACCUCAGAAUGUCCGGGCUGUGAAUAAAAGAGAGAUUGGUGUGAAGCUGGUAAUGGAGGUGGAUAAGGACAACCUUGUGUCACAGGGUCAGGACCCGCGGGUCAAAUUUGAAGAAAGCUCGGAAAGAAGUGAUGAAGAAAGCCCGGGGAAGACGGGAGUCAGAGAUACGGUUAAAGGUAUUCUGAAAAGUACUGGGCAUUCGGCCCGUGGUAUGAUGCAUGCCCUUUCUCGUAAAGGCUCCAAUAAAAGCAGAGAUUCGGAUUCUAAUGGUGACUUUGGACCGAUCUUGUCACCUGGGUGUGAACUGAGCCCAGAUGGUCCUGAUCAAGCGGCUAGCCCAACCGGUCAGAUGGGCUCGAGCCCUUUGAGCCCAACUGUUGAGUUGCGUUCGAGCCCUUUGAGCCCAACUGGUCAGAUGGAGUCGAACCCUUUGAGCCCGACUGGUCAAGUCAAUGCAGGUGAGCCGGAUAUGCUUAUGAUGGACACUGUGGAUGUAAAUGGGACAAAUAAAGGCGAUGAGGAAAUGCCUCCAGAACCACAAGUAAUAUCUUCACUUAAUUAAGAGGCUAUGUAUGUAGUUUGUGAUGAAAGUUCUAUGUCAUAUACUUGUGUAUAAAGCUCUUUUGCAUGUUGGGUGUAUAAUCCUGCAAAUAGGCGAAUCACCAUUGUUGAAGGUGAAUGUUUGUUGUACUUUGUUUUACUUUGAUAGAUAUAUGUAAAUGACAAGAAUUUUGGUUGGUAAUUCCUAAAUUCGAAUCUUUUUA